CCAUGUCCAUGUCCAUGUCCAUGUCCAUGACCAUGCCAACGUUAUAUAUAUAAUGCCUACUAGCCACUUCUUUAUCUAGCUAUAGAACCAACCAACCAACCAAACACUCAAAAUUAAAAACCCUUGUGAUCUUCCCUUGCUAGCUUUCAUCCAUCAUGAGGAGCUUUUCAAAGAACAAGUUCCUCCUGUGUUUUCGCCCUAUCGAUGCCAUGCUAGAGUCCGAAGUUGCAUCUCAUCGUUCCUCCACUUGUCGUUUCUCACGCACCCCCACUUCGGAUAAGCACCAAGCCAUGAAGAAUUCAGAAACCAAAUCUCUAUAUUUUCACCAUGCUUCACCAAAACGAACCAUUUCUCGGGUGGUUAAAGCUCUCUUCUUCGAAACCUUAUUGAAUAGAAGAGGUCACCAUAAAAACCGUUAUAUCCAUGAUUGUUUUGGAUACAAACGAAAGUAUUUGACUUAUGCCGAAACCAAAGCCCUUGAAUCUUCUUCACCUUGUUCGAGCUCACACGCAUCAUCACAAUCAAAGAACGUGUCAGAUUACAAGUGGAUGAGCAAAGAGAAAAAGAGAGAGGGUGGUGUUGGAGGCUCACUAGAGAAGCAACAAAAGAAGUUAGAGUGGUAUGGAAUCUACUUGGUUCUCAUGAGCUUAGUGUUCACGGUGCUUUGGGGGAAGCUUUUUGCUAUUAUUUUGACCUCAAUGUGGCUCUUCUUUUCCUCGGUGUGGGACUCAAGUUCUCGCGGCCAAAAGAGGAUGAUGCAUUUGCAUAGGCUGAGACAAAGCGUACAAGGCAGAGAUAGGGGUCAUUAUGUGAAGCAUGCUCGAGGGGAAGUAGUAACUACCAUAAUGGGGCAUUAAUUUUUGACGUGAGAAUUAUCUUUUCGUGCUUGGUGCUUCUUCUAUUCUCUGGUACAAGGCAUUGUUGAGUGCAAUGGACAGUGACACGAGUCUUCUUGCAGUUGUGAACAGAAGAAACAGUUCAACAUUUAUUUCCCUUUGCUUUGCUUUUGUUUGCAUUUCUGACAUGACAUUACAUAUCUAACAAAUGGAAGGUAGGAAAUGUAGUUAAUGAAAUUCUUCAGGAGGAAGAGGUUGAUUGUUGAAUGUUGAAUGUUGAUUGGAAGUUUAAUUUGUCACAGAAUUGUAGUUGCAAAUAAUAGCAUUGUAUUUUGUACUUAUUAAUGAUUUGUAUAUUAAGAUAUCUUCGACAAUUAAAAUGUGGUUUUCUUUA